AUGAUAAGAUUAGAUGUACCAACACCUUGAGGUAUGAGAUUACAAGAUUCAGCUUCACCAAAUAUGGAAGGAAUACAUGAAUUACAUGAUCAUAUAAUGUAUUAUUUAGCAUUAAUAUUAGGAUUAGUUUCAUAUAUAUUAUUUAUAAUAGUAAAAAAUUUUAAAAAUAAUACAAUAUCAUAUAAAUAUUUAACACAUGGUCAAACAUUAGAAAUAGUAUGAACAAUAUUCCCAGCAGUAAUAUUAUUAGUUAUAGCUUUCCCAAGUUUUAUAUUAUUAUAUUUAUGUGAUGAGGUAUUAACUCCAGCUAUGACAAUUAAAGUUAUAGGAUUACAAUGAUAUUGAAAAUAUGAAUAUUCAGAUUUUGUUUCUUCUAAUGGUGAAACAAUAGAAUUUGAAUCAUAUAUUAUACCUGAAGAUAUGUUAGAAGAAGGUCAAUUAAGAUUAUUAGAUACUGAUACUUCAAUUAUUAUUCCUGUUGAUACUCAUGUUAGAUUUAUUGUUACAGCUAAUGAUGUUAUACAUAGUUUUGCUGUUCCUUCAUUAGGUAUAAAAAUUGAUGCUACUCCAGGUAGAUUAAAUCAAGUUAGUGCUUUAAUACAACGUACUGGUGUUUUCUACGGACAAUGUAGUGAAUUAUGUGGUAUUAAUCAUAGUUUAAUGCCUAUUAAAAUUGAAUGUAUGGAAAUUGAUCAAUUUAUUGAAGCAUUAAACGAUAUGGAAUAA